AUGGCUGGAGAUACUGCCACGGAAUCUUCGAGCGCGACUGACGCUCCCACGGAAGCUCACCUUGACUUUAAGAAUGUCCAUGUUGUCAAUGACGACGAUGAAGACAUGCUCUCUAACAUCGAUGUUGCGAGUCCCGUCAAGCUGAGUUCAGCCAAAGUCAACCCCAUCACUCCGAGCAGAACAUUGCCUCCUCGAGCUGCCCGGUCUAAAGUCGGAUUCAACUAUUCACCACGCUCAAAGACUCCCAAGACCCAAUCUCCAAAGACAAAAACACCAAAGUCCAAAUCUAAGAGGCAACAAAUCGCUGAGGACCGCGUUUUGGAUUCUGACAUGAUCGUUGAGGAGGCUACACCAAAGGCUAGAGCUACGGCACCACGCAUCGUCAAGGCUGAUACUGUGCGUAACCGAAUCCGCGAGGAGAUCGCUACCACGACGAAGGCAAAACGUGAUGCUUUCCUCAUUCACCACAAAGACUAUUUCUUACCGCUGCUUCCUCCUAACAACUACAUCUCCAAACUUCUUCAAGCCGACAACGAGCAUCAAGCUUACGUUCCAUACACCCCACUGAGUAAGCAACCUACCGAUGUCAUCGCUACAAUGAAGCCGUAUCAACUUACUGGCCUUUCUUUUCUGGCGAACAUGUACGAGAACGCAAUGCCUGCAAUUCUGGGUGAUGAGAUGGGUCUUGGAAAGACGCUGCAAACACUGUCUUUGAUACAACACAUUGAGGAGACACACCCCAGCCCAGUCGGAGCUCGAAAGUGGACUCCAAAGCUCAAGGUGCUCCGCUUCCACGGUUCAACUUCUGAGCGCAAUGAAGUGAAGUUGAUGGCUUCUGGAGUAACAGACAGAUAUGGAAACGCCACCGGACGCAACAAAACCAAGCGAGGUGAUGUUUCCGUGCCCGAGAACAAGGAUUCUGGGUCUGUCUUCGAUGUCAUGGUCACCAACUACGAGACUUUCCAAUCAGAGAGCUCGUGGCUGAAGCAAGCUUUCGUAUGGCGCUAUUGUAUCUUGGACGAAGGGCACAAGAUCAAAAACGACAAGACAAACAUCUCCCUCGCUUUGCAAGGCCUACAAGCCGAACAUCGUUUGCUGUUGACCGGAACACCGUUGCAAAAUGACCUACGUGAGAUGUGGGCCUUGCUUCACUGGCUGUAUCCGAACGUGUUCGUCGACAAAACCGCAGAUCUAUUCAAAGAAGCAUUCGAUAUCGGCCGCGGUCAAGUUGACUCGACCUUCAUGGAUCAUGCACGUCAUCUGCUUGAACUUAUCAUGAUUCGAAGAAUGAAAAGCAGUCCUGGUGUCGACCUGGGACUUCCUCCCAAGAGUGAGAUCUUACUCUAUAUUCCUCUGACGCCGCUUCAACGAUUCUGGUACACCAGACUGCUCACAAAAGCUGGCGACACUCUUCUAGAUGACAUCUUCGGCAAUGUGAAGGAGAAAGAACACGAAGCACUGAUCAAAGAGGUCGAAGAGGAUGUACAACUCGAUCAGGUCGAAGGUGUGAUCGACAACGACUUCAAUAGCCAAAGCCGCGCUCUUAUCGAGCAAGCUAUCUCGAACGAGGCGACUGGUGAAAAGGACACAUCCGCAUACAAGAAGCUGAUGAACAUAGUCAUGCAGUUGCGCAAGACUUGUGUGACUCCUUACAUGAUCAGGGGUGCCGCGCCAGACCCAUACUACUACGGGGAUCACAUCAUGCAUGCCUCUGGAAAAUUCAUCGUCUUGAACAAGAUCAUCGAUGAGCUCGUCGUGAAACAAGGGAAGAAGAUACUCAUAUUCUCGGGUUUCACUACAGCUCUCGACUACUGUGAGGACCUCCUCGCCACAAAAGGCAGUAAUCAACACAAUGCACCGUUUCGCCAUGUGCGCUUUGACGGCAGCACCCAACGAGCAGUUCGCAACCUGCAAAUCAGACUUUUCAACGACAUGUCUUCAGAAUACAGGAUCAUGCUCAUCUCUACCCGUGCAGGCGGACUGGGUCUCAAUCUGACUGCCGCAAGCGAUGUAAUCUUCCUCGACGAAGACUGGAACCCACAAGUCACACUGCAAGCAGAAGCUCGUUCUCACCGUAUCGGACAGACCCAACCUGUUACGAUCUAUAAGUUGUUGAGCUCUGGCACUGUGGAAGAGCAGAUGAUGGGCCGCAUCCGAAAGAAACUGUAUCUCUCUGCAAAAAUUACUGAGUCCAUGCAAGACGUCCAUUCUACCAAUCAACCACAGAAGAGAAAGAGAACUGCCAAGCAGGAGGACAACUCGGCAGACGAUGGUCCAGAGCUUGGUUUCUCCCAGCUAAAGAGCUUGAUUCGUCGUGGCGCUACCACACUGAGUCACCCCGAAGUUGAUGUCAAUGAAAUGGUUACCUGGAAUCUCGAAACAAUCAUCGAAAAGUGCAAGGACAAACCCGUCGACCCUCACGUGAACGGCGAAUCAGAGGAUGCUACCGAGAAAGAAUGGUUGGCCAAGAUGGAGCGUGUUGAGAGCGCUGUAUUCAACGGUGUCAAGUACCAGAAGAGCGUCGACAAGACGGCCGCGGCUGCUCCCGAACUUUCGCGCGCAGACCGCCGUGUAGACAAGAACACAACAGUCAUGGUGGAUGGCUUCGCUAUCAACAAGGAGAGCAUGAACUGUAAUGGAUGGGAGGCAGUUCCAACACUCGCUGGCAAAGACCCUCGACUUGCUGAUCCCAAGCGUGAGAAGGCAGCCCCGAUCAAUCACCAGGAGAUUUGUCAAUCUUGCUUUGAUGGCGGAGAGAUGUAUCUCUGCUCAGGCUGUCCUCGCGCUUACCAUCUGGCUUGCUUGAGCGACAAAUACAAAGUCAAAGCCACAUCAAAGAUGAACUUCCACUGUCCACAGCAUGACUGCCACGAUUGUGAAAAGAGUACUGGCAAUGCUGGUGGCUUGAUUUACCGCUGUCGCUGGUGCCACAAGGGCUUUUGCGAGGAUUGCCUUGACCCCGACUCCAAGCUUCUGGGCGAGACCAUUCCGGAGUAUGAGGUGUUGGACUAUGCACCCAAGCGCAAUGCCUGGUACAUCCGUUCUCAGAACGACAACAUGGCCCAAAAUGCCCAGCAAGGUGCUUCUGAAGUUUCCAUGCCACCCAGCCGUGACGAGUCCAUGACCGAUGGAAUCAUCACGCUCGAAUCGUCCGGCCAAGCCACGCCUCUCGAACCCGUUAGGCAGGCUAAGCGUCCUAGACAAGUCAUCAUCAACCUUGAAGACGACGAGAGCGACGGUGUAGUCGAUCUGACCAGCGAAGGAGAAGCAGCUUUCAAGUUUCUUCCUGCUAUCACUAUUGAUGACGAUCUCGAAAUCUCAAGUGGAGCACCCAUGUACCAAACCCACCAAUCGAAGGCGAAGAAGCGCAGAACUCAUUAG